AUGGAAAAGACUCCAGGAAAAAUUUCAGAGGAUCUCCAAAUAGAGACUGAAGAAGAGACUAAGGAAGUUUCUGCUGAUCUAAAAGCUCUUGGCUUCUCCAAAUCUAUGAUAGGAAAGCCAAAAUCAUUCACUAAGCAUACCUCGAGAUGUGCUGAAUUAACUAAAUGGAUUGAGAUUACUGUCUAUGAACUUUAUCUGAUUCUUGAGCAGGAACAAAAGCACCACAAGCAGAUCGAUGAAGAAGAAAUAUGCCCUAUUUGCCGUUGUGAGUUGUACGAUGACAUCAUGACUAUGAAAAAGGAAGAGAUAUGUGUACAACAAGCUGAAAUGCUGAAGGAUCCCACCGAGAUUUCAGUAAUCAAAUUCGGAAAUUGCUCAGACCAUUAUUUCCAUAAAGAUUGUGCAGAAAUGAUGAUGGGUGAGAAAAAUCACCUUAAGUGCCCUAUUUGUUCGAAUAUUUAUGGGGUUUUGAUGGGAGAAAUGCCCCCUGGCGUUAUGAGCUGGCAAUAUUAUGAUGCUGGCUACAACUCAUGAGCUGGCUAUGAAUGUAGCGGAACUUGGCAUAUAAGUUAUUCAUUUCCAAGCGGAAGGAAGAAGGAUGGAGUCCGAUACAGCGGUACUUCAAGACAAGCAUUCCUUCCUGAUACUUGAGAAGGUAGAGAGGUCAUGCUCUUACUCAUAAAAUCGUUCAAUAGAAAACUGACUUUCAUUGUGGGAGAUUCUGUCACAACAGGAAGGAAAAAUGUAGUAGUAUGGAACUCAGUACACCAUAAAACUAGUCUUUCAGGAGGGUCUUCAUCCUUUGGAUAUCCAGAUAGCACCUACUUCAACAGAGUGAAGCUAGAACUCGCUGAUAAAGGUGUGGUGUUAGAAGAAUCAGAUGAUACCUCCAAGAUUAGCAGAGAAGGUUAUCUCCAAUCGAUGUAAAAUAACCAACCCAUAA